AGCAAGGAAGGAGGGUGGCUCGUGCGCGCUUUAAUCUAACUCCCUUUUUUUCCUGUCGUACUUGAGGACGUGUGUGUGCGUGUCUCCUCGCGUAGUGGGGUGGUUAGAUCGGAGGAGGUCCUCUCACUCACUCUUUUUCUCUUUUUCUCUCUCUUUCUCUUUCUCUCUCUCUCUCUCUCUCUCUCUCUCUGUCUGUCUGUCUAUCUGUCUGUCUAUCUAUCUAUCUGUCUCUCUUUUUCUCUUUCUCUCUGGCAGUCGUGCUUUCGCGUGUGUGUCCAAAAAAAAAAAUGUAACAUGGCGAUGGUCGCGUCGAACAUGAGCGGCCACAUACAAAAGCAACUCACCAGGAGUCUCGAACGGAUCCUGGAGGAGGCUCAUCUCAGUGGCGAAUUGAAGUUGAGCGGCAGGAAACUCAAGGAUUUUCCAAAAGUCGGCAAACCUGGCGCUGCCAAAUAUAAUCUGCAGGAUACAGUGAUAGCCGAUCUUUCGAAGAAUCGCUUUGUCGAGCUGCCAGAAGAGGUCACGGAAUUUCCUUUCCUCGAGAAACUACAUCUUUACCACAAUGCCAUAAGAAUCAUACCGGAAACUGUCGUGAUGCUUCAGUCAUUAAACUACCUCGAUCUUAGUCGAAAUCAAUUGACGUCACUACCUCGAGAAAUCUGUAGGCUACCUCUUCAGACGUUAUUGGUCGCACACAACAGAUUAGCAUCCCUGCCAGAUGAAUUGGGGAGGAUGUCGGCUCUUGCAGAACUGGAUGCAGGUUGCAAUGAAAUCGCGACACUUCCACCUCGUAUAGGUGACCUUGCACGACUCAGAUCCUUAGACCUGAGGAGCAACUUGUUGGUGCACCUGCCUAUAGAACUUACGUACCUGAGGCUCGUGAAGCUGGAUAUUAGUGGUAACCGGAUAUCUGUGCUUCCAAACGAAAUGAGAAAGAUGAAAAGCUUGGUAGAUUUUAAGCUCUCCGAUAAUCCUCUGACCUCGCCGCCUGCUUCGUUAUGCAUUCGCGGGCGAACGCACAUCUUCAAGUACUUGGAGAGGCAGGCGGCGAAGCACGAGAGGGCGAGAGGAGGACGUGCAAGAAGAGGACCGUUGGAUGCUCGGGGUCAUGCAACCUUAGACACCAGAUCUCAUAGGCGCCAUAACGUUGACAGUGGUUACAGUACGAGCGAUGGGGUCGACAAACGUUGGUCCCAAGAAAUUCAUAGCGCGGUGCACGACGGUGAGGUACGGGGUUUAUGGCGUCAAGAGUGUUCACCGCUUUCCAUAACGUUGCCACACGAAACCGGAAUAAAUGGAUCCUGCAGUGGCACGUCUACACCGAGCACGAUUUCACCGGGUGAACAUACGUCCUUGGAGGACGAGCUGGGCAAGGCCAUGAUACUUCACGAUCAGUUGGAGAAGAGGAGAUUGGAGAGGAGCACUUCCGAGAAUGGCGCGGACAUAAGAAGACCGAUGACCUCUGGCCUUCAUCAUACGUCUAUCACGCCACCGGGUCCCUUGGAAACGACCCAUACGAACCAGUCUCAACCAAUUUCAACGACUCAGUCGGUGCAACCAAUUCAGACAACGAGCAAUUCAACGUCGCUGUUGAAUGGGGAUGAUAAGAGGCCGUUAAAUCACAUUCAAACGUACAGGGAAUACAAGGAAGCAUUGAGGCAACAAAGGGCCAACGAGGGCCCAAGUGUUUACAGACCAAGGGAACAGGUGACACCUCCGGGCAACGAAUCGCAGAACAACGAGACUGACUCGAAUGGAUCCAAGGAGGUCAUUGCCCUUACAGGCAAGCAAAUAUUCAACGAGGAAAAUGCUACGAAGAGGCCGGUGCAAAAGGUCACGCCCUCGAGGAUAAAUUAUCAAAAUACGCCCAUCAUCAAUGGAAGCAAUAACGAGUACAAUAAUAAAAACGGAAAGUAUCACGAGCAGCCUUACAAAAAGCCAAAUUCGCCUAUAAAAACGUCGAGCAGUAUAAUGUCGAAUAAUACAAGUCCUGGGCAUACACCGAGAUUAGUCAAAACGGCUGUUGGCUAUGUCGAAGGUAACAAAAGUCCAAGCAGAAAUGGCGGGAGUCCUAAAUCGUCGAGAUCCGUUACGUGGAAUAGCAAUUUGCCGGAGAAGUACUCGUUCACAAUGAGGAGGGAGUUCGAACGUGCCAAAGAGGAAGCCGAUUUGAUCGAACAACUCAGGAACCAUAUAGAAACGAGACUGAAAAUGGCUUUACCGGAAGAUCUGGCGCCAGCAUUGACCGAUGGCGUCGUACUUUGUCACUUGGCGAAUCACGUAAGGCCACGAUCGGUAGCAAGCAUACAUGUCCCAUCGCCUGCCGUACCUAAGCUCACAAUGGCAAGAUGCAGACGUAACGUUGACAAUUUCUUGGAGGCCUGUCGGAAAAUAGGCGUUGAUGAGAAUCUGGUCUGUUGUGCGAGCGACGUUCUCGAGGGCGGUCGUGGUGUUGUACGUGUCGCAGUGACCGUUUCGGAGCUCCUGAGGUUUCAUCAGACUCGAUCGCCUUUGCAGACAUCGUCUAGCUUACCGAAUCACGUGCCGGCUUAGCGCCAAACGAUUUAAUUCACGAAGCUUCUUUUCGUCGUUGACCACAGAAAGAAAGAGAUAAAGAUAGAAAGAGAGAGAGAGAGAGAGAGAGAGAGAGAAAUCAUAGAAACGAUCAUUUAAAUCGUUCGUUUCCAUAACGUUUCCUGCAGGCACACGAAGAAAAGAAAAAAAAAACAAAAAGAAAGAAGCAAGAAGACAAAACAAACAAUAGACGCGCUGGUUUUUUAUUGUUUUUUUUUUUUUCUUUUUUUUUCUUUUUCUAUUUUUCGAAAAUCGACCGCACACGAUUUUCUCUCGAUUUUUCUCGCCCCAUCCCCGAUCGAGACGAUAUCACACGUAUCUCGUGAAAUCGAUUAACGCAAUAUCUACAAACGAUUCUUCGUAAAAACUUUUUUCUUUCGUUCAAAACGAAAAGAAAGGAACAAUGAUAUUGAGAUAAAGAAAAGAAGAUAAAGAGAAAGAUUUAAAUAUCAUCUCGAUCGAUCGUUAUGGUGGGGAAUAGCGUAAAAGAAUUAUAGAGAUUUGUAUCUCGUCUUGGAACAAUUCUUUUUUCUUUCUUUUUAUUUUUUUGUUUAUUUAUUUUUUUCUUUUUUCUUUUUUUUUUUUUUCUUUUCAAGGGACGUUAACAAUACGACUUUUUAAUAAUUAUAAUAAUUUCAUUGUUAAAAGAUUCGAUCAAUCGGGUGAUUUAAUUUGGAAGAUUAUCUUUUCUUUGUUACCGACGGUCGAUAAAUACCGAGCGAGGUCAGUCGAUUGAUCGAUCGUUCGUUCGUUCGUUCGGUCGGUAACACAGAAAAUCUCAAGGAAUUAUCCCUUUUAUCAUCAAUGAAUCGAUGCGUUAAAUUCUUUUCCCGAUAUUUAUCGAUGCGAUGAUAACUAGCCUAUCAAAAAAUGUGCGAUAAUAAUGAUCGUGCGUCAAUAAGACGGCAAUUUAUUUUUCUUUUUUUUUUUUUUUUUUUUUUCUUCUCAUUCGAGUAAAGCACGAGGAGGAUCUUUCGUCGCGUAAGCGAACGAUCCAAAUGGAGAUAAUAGACGUUACGAUAGAAUUUUUUGAUAUAUUUCUUUAGUCGAUAAUUAUUAAUGAAAGAGCACGUAUGCAUUGGUUUAGAUCGUGCAACGAUAACUCUUUGACAUUUUUUUUCUUUUUUUUUUUUUUUUUUCCCCAAGUAGAAAGAUCUAAACUUUGAAAUAUUCGACGAAUAAUAUGAUAGACUGUAAUCAGCCAUGACAUUUAAUUAGGUAUAUAAGGAAUUUUAUACGAUAGCUUAACAAAGAGAAUUGAAAAAGACGAUUGUAACGACGGGGAUGGUGGGAUGGCAGGGAGGGUGGGGGCGCGAUAGAGAAGGAGAGGGACGAUAAGAUCGAUAAGUUUUUCUCAAAGAUCUUGCGCGAUAUCAAAGAAGGAUUUUUUUUUUUGAUUGACGAUAAAAAAAUAAGAAAACGAGCGAGAGGGAGAGGGAGAGGGAGAGAGAGAGAGAGAGAGAGAGAGAGAGAGAGAGGGGUGGGGGAGAGAAGAAAAGAAAGAAAGAAAAAGAGAGAUAGUAAGAAAGAGAGAGAAAGAGCGAGAGAGAGAGUGUGUGUGUAUGUGUGUUAAGUGAGUUUUUACAUCUAAACAAAAGUAUGCGACGUCUUUUGAUUAAUGUAGUUUUAGGACCAAUUUAUAUAUAUAUAUAUAUAUAUAUAUAUAUAUAUAUAUAUAUA